ACAUGAUCACUUACAAGAAGAACAAGUAGAGGAGAUAGAAAUCAGAGAGAGAGAGAGAGAGAGAGAGAGAGAGAAAGAGAGAGUUUCAAAGAUGAGAAAGAGUAAUAACUUGGUUGGAUUCGUAAACUUCCUAACAUUACUAUUAUCGAUUCCGAUAUUGGGUGGAGGAAUAUGGCUAAGCAGCAGAUCAACUCAAACAGAUUGCAUGAAGUUCCUUCAAUGGCCACUCAUCAUUAUAGGAGCGACUAUCAUGGUAGUCUCUCUCAUGGGUUUCGCUGGAUCUUGCUAUCGGAUUACAUGGCUUCUUCGGUUAUACCUAUUCGUGAUGUUCUUCGUCAUCGCUGCACUUUUCGCCCUCAUCAUUUUCUCUUAUUCUGUAACUGCCAAAGGAUCGGGUCAUCAAGUACUUAAUCGGGUCUAUCUUGAUUACUCACUAUCCGAUUACUCGGGUUGGCUCAAGGAUCGAGUAUCAGAUGAGAAGUAUUGGAUGAAGAUCAGUUCUUGUAUUAGGGAUGCUAAGGUGUGCCAGAAGCUUGGAGCUGGUGUUGGUGGGUUCUCUGAGGCAGCUGAUACGUUCUAUCGCCGUCAUCUCUCUUCCAUUCAGUCGGGUUGCUGCAAGCCACCAACAGCAUGUGGGUUCACUUAUGUGAGGGAGACGGUGUGGGACCCGUCCGGAGCACAGGGGAUGGUCACCGACGCCGACUGUACCCGUUGGAACAAUGACCAGAGUCAGCUGUGCUAUAGCUGUGAUUCAUGCAAGGCAGGUGUAUUGGCAAGACUCAAGAAGAGCUGGAGGCAGGUGGCAGUGCUGAAUAUCGUAGUACUAGUCCUUUUGGUGAUAGUCUAUGUCAUUGGUUGCGCUGCCUUCCGAAACAACAGAAGGAUCGACAACGACGAACCUUAUGGUACGAAUAGGAUGACUAAGUCACAGCCUGCUAUGGUCCACUUCUAAUAACACUCCUACUUAGACAUGAUAACAAGCGUGUAGUCUAGGGUUUAGGAUUUGGGGUUUGGAUUUCUACUUGUUUGGUAGAGACAAGGGAAAGGGUGGUUUUUGUUUUUAAUUUUCUUUUGUACACUUAGGAUUUGAUAACCUUCUUCAACAACAUGAGCUUGGUGAUGAAGGUACUCUAUAGAUUUGGAGGCCAUCUCUUGGGUGGCCCAGUACCAAAGAAUAGGAUUUGAUCGGAUGAUCCUUGCGGGUUGAAACUCACGUAUCAUUACCAUUGAUUUGGAUAGUCAUCACAGUACGGUUUUCACGAAAUUGUAUUGACCAUCUAAUUAAUGGGCAUUGUAGGUGUGAAUUUGCUUGGUUCAUGUCAUUGAGUCAAUCUAGGCUUUUGUACUGGUGGCCAUCAUGAUGGAUGAUCCAGAUCAACGGGUGCUUCAUCCCCCACGUCAUGUCGGAGUGGUCAUCAAAUCAUCUUUUCGCUUUGUUUUUAAGAUAAUCAUGUUGUAUAAUCUAUUACAUAAGAAAUGCUUGCUUAUUUGAAGGAAUUAUAUCAUGUAUUAUGUAUAGAAAGGCUUUGUUUAUUUCUUCA